CUUAACGCUAUUACAUCCACAUGCUGCUGCAGAGUGAGACUCAGAACUCAGAAACAGAGAGACGAGCAGGAGGCAGCAAAUGCAAAAAAGCCAUCGAGAGAAAACUAGACAUCUCUUUAAAAACGAACCAAGGCAAUACCAUUCCGAAACUCGAUAAUCUCGACAACAACAACAACAUCAAAAACAACAACAAGAAAAAAAAACAUUUUAUCUCCCAAUACGACUAAUACAGUACAGUAUAUCUGGUGACGUUAAACCAUUCUGAAGAUUUUAGUAACUAUUGGAAUGAAUCGACUGAGUAACCGAAUCCCGCUGUCUACCGGAGUUAGUCAACAAAUAUAAACGCGUGGACAGUUAUUUAUUUUUAGAUAGACACUUGUUUGAGAGACUGUUUUAACGCUUAAAGACGUCGUUUUUUUUUAUUUUUUACUGUGAAUCAUAAAGGAAGUGUGAGAAGAAGAAAGAAAUCUAAUUUCUCAAGAAAAAAGCCACAGACAUAGUUUUGCAGGAUACCGCAGUGGUGGAAAGAAGCAGCCAAAAUCGAGUGAAAAGAUUUGCAGUGAAUUGAAAAGGGCGCAGGAUUUACCCCGAGAUGGAUAUAAUAAUGCAUUUAAUUGGAAGUUUACUUAUGUGCUUUUUAACUUCGGCAGUUUCUGGACAAGAAGAGACUUCAUGUGGAGGUCGUUUGAACGCAAAAGAUGCUGGGUACAUCACGUCUCCAGGAUACCCGCACGAAUACCCGCCUCACCAGCGCUGUGAGUGGGUCAUUACUGCUCCUGAACCGACGCAAAGGAUUGUCCUGAACUUUAACCCUCACUUUGAACUUGAAAAACUCGACUGCAGGUACGACUACAUUGAAAUCCGAGAUGGUGAAAAUGAAUCCGCAGACUUGCUGGGGAAACACUGCAACAACAUAGCGCCCCCUGCCAUCAUCUCCUCUGGACCAGUGCUCUACAUUAAAUUUGCCUCUGACUACGCCCACCAGGGGGCAGGCUUCUCCUUGCGCUAUGAGAUCUAUAAAACAGGUUCGGACUACUGCUCAAGAAACUUUACCAGUCUCAGUGGCGUGAUUGAAUCUCCCCAAUAUCCUGACAAAUACCCCCACAACCUGGACUGCAUCUUUAUUAUCACAGUCCCACCCAGGAUGGAAGUCACCUUGACAUUCUUGACCUUCGACCUUGAGAACGACCCCUUGCUUUCUGGAGAAGGAGACUGUAAAUAUGACUGGCUGGAGGUCUGGGAUGGACUGCCCCAGGUUGGACCCCUGAUUGGACGGUAUUGCGGGACCAAGGUGCCCCCAGAGAUCCAAUCGUCUACCGGCAUUGUGUCACUCUCCUUCCACACUGACAUGGCGGUCGCAAAGGAUGGCUUCUCCGCACAGUACAUCAUGACACCCAAGGAAGCCACUGAAACUUUCCACUGUAGCAGUGCUUUCGGCAUGGAGUCUGGAAAAAUCACUGAUGAGCAGAUCAGCGCCUCCAGUUCGUUUUACGAUGGCCGCUGGUCACCACGACAAGGCAGGCUGAACAACCAUGACAACGGCUGGACCCCCGCUGAGGACAGCAACAAGGAAUACAUUCAGGUGGACCUGCUCUUCCUGAAAGUGCUAACAGGUAUCGCUACCCAGGGAGCCAUCUCCAAGGAGACCAACAAGAGUUACCACAUCACCACAUUCAAGCUGGAAGUCAGCACCAACGGAGAGGACUGGAUGAUGUACCGCCACGGCAAGAAUCACAAGGUGUUCCAUGGGAAUACUGACCCUGCAGAAGUGGUUCUCAACAGGAUCCCACAGCCAGUUUUGACUCGUUACGUCAGAAUCAGACCCCAGGCCUGGCAAAAUGGGAUUGCUCUUCGAUUUGAACUAUAUGGCUGCCAAAACACAGACAUUCCCUGCACUGAAAUGCAGGGCAUGCUUUCCGGCCUCAUUCCUGACUCCCAGAUCACCGCCUCCUCGGCUCGGGACAUCCACUGGUCCUCGGGAGCUGCCCGUCUUGUGGCUAGCCGCUCUGGGUGGUUCCCUAGACUUCCACAGCCCAUUGCAGGGGAGGAGUGGCUGCAGGCAGAUCUGGGGGUACCCAAGACUGUGACGGGGGUCAUCAUCCAGGGGGCUCGCGGAGGGUCUGUCAGCGAGGGCAGCACCACAGUGGAGAACCGCGCCUUUGUUAGGAAGUUCCGCGUGGCUCACAGCAUGAACGGCAAGGACUGGGACUUCAUUAUGGACCAGAGGACCAUGCAGCCUAAGAUGUUUGAAGGGAACACACAUUACGACACCCCGGAGAUCCGUCGAUUCAGCCCGGUGCCGGCUCAGUAUGUCCGCGUGUAUCCAGAGAGGUGGUCCCCUGCUGGAAUCGGAAUGAGGCUGGAAGUGCUGGGCUGCGAUCUGUUGGAAACCACCUCCUCUGCUGAAACCCUGACGCCGACCAUGCGAAACGAAGACAUCACGACAGAGCCUCCGUGUCACAGUGACCCCUUGGGCUGCGUCACACAAGCCCCGGAAUUUACUGACUUCACUUACAGCUUCAGCUGCAAGUUUGGCAGCAUUGAGACAAACGACUUCUGCGGCUGGUCUCAUGACCCUUCAUCUGACUUCAACUGGGCCUUUCACCCACGUGGGACUGGUGGGACUCUGGGCGCUGGGCCCAGCCAGGACCACCUCUUGGGUUCAAAUGAAAAUGGCAACUAUUUGUAUGUGGAAGCUAGCCAGAAGACAGAAGGGCUUCGUGCUAAGUUGCUCAGCCCCCCAGUUUCCGCUGUUGGGGGGCAGCUCUGCAUGGUGUUCUGGUACCACAUGAGGGGGGCCAACGUGGGAACCCUUCGUGUGUUGAUGAGUGAAACUGACCAACAAGAGACCACUCUGUGGUCUGUGAGGGGCGACCAGGGCAGUGAGUGGAGGGAAGGAAGAACCGUACUUCCCGAGUCCCCCAAGGAAUACCAGAUUGUGAUGGAGGCGGAUAUAGACCGUGGAUUCAAAGGAGAUAUUGCAAUUGAUAAUAUUCACAUAUCAACCAGCAUCCCAGUUAACGAAUGCACUCAACCCUUCACAGCCUUUCACCCUGAAACCACAGGGGGCACCCUUCCUGGAGGGAGCGAACCCACAGUAGACUCGGUGUCAGUGCAACCCAUCCCAACCUACUGGUAUUACGUAAUGGCCGGGGGAGGUGCUCUCUUGGUGAUGGUGCCCCUCGUGUUGGUGAUGGUUCUCUACUGCCACCGGUACCGCUAUGCGGCCAAGAAGAGCCAGCACUCCAUCGCCUACAAAAACAGCCCGUAUCCCAGCAGCGCCGUAACCGGCGUGGAGCCCACCCUGACUAUAAAACUAGAAAAGGAGGACCACAGCCCUCAGUGCUGAGAAGGGACUCUUUAAGACACACGCUUAGAAAAAACAAACAAAAACAAAAAAAAAAAGUGACUGUCAUGUUGCCUAAAAUUACACUUUUUAUACCAUUUGUUGAUGGAAAAAAAAUGACUGCCUUUUUAUCUAUUGGAUGCUGCAUCUGGGAAACAAAAAUUAAUAGGAAUGACAAAUAGACUACAAUCCAAUUAUAGCUCACAGCGAGGAGGGUGUCUGAGAGAACGCUUCUGGUUGUAGUGGGCUUAGUUUUGGCACAAACCCUGCUUACAAUUCUUUCCGGAUCCUAAAUAUCACGAUAUAUCAUUAAAAUAUGAGCUUGCUUUGAUUUUAUCCAAAUACUGAAUGCUCAAAAAAUAGUAAGGGCAGGGAAAUGAAAUUCCACUUCUGGUCCAAGGCUCUUAUUUUGUGUCACAUGAAAGAAUUCAGUUUUUAGAAUGGUACCCAUGUGAUCCUUUCACCUCAGUAAGAACUCCACAACUUUAUGGUGGAUAUACGCUGCACAGUGACGCAGCAGACAUAGAAAAAGAGGCAUUCCAAGCUUAGCACAGAGCUUUAUUUCAGUAACAAAACAAAACAAAAAAAACUGAGCUGGAAUCCAACAAUAGCAUUCAUUAUCCACUCAUCAAGUUCUGGAAUGGCAGAGGUUUCUGUGAUUUGGAAUUAGCUUUGUAUCAACAUGCUCUGCUUUUAAAAACUGAUUAACUUCUUGCUAAAACCUUCUCAGAGAACUAAACUGUUCUUGAAGGAUGCGAUUUCCUGUUCCUCUACACUGAACAGUACAAUACAGUAAUUGCUGGCAGCCAAUAUUAAAGGAACAUAUUCAUGCUAAGACCAAGGGAUAACUGGUUUCUGCUGUCCAGCUGAAAUUUGAAAAAAAAAAGAACAAAUCUUAUUGCAUCUGCUCACUUGUGACAUGAAACGUUGCGUUUAUCAUAUGCAAAGGGCUUCUAGUUGCCUUACCUAGCCUUGCUUGUUUGAAGCCUGUAAUGCUAUUAACGUUACAUGAGAAAACUGGCCUUAAAAUUUUGGGGUGCUGUCUAAGUCUGGCUUUUUUUUCUUUUUUUUUUGUUUAAUUAAAAAGUGCAGUCGAGUGAUGGUGAGUGUGUCUACUAGAUUAGAUGAGAGGAGAGGAUUUGCUUACAAGUGGCAGUUCCCAAGGCACUUUAGCUGCUUUGGAUGUGACACUGAAUACGUUAGGCUGCCUUAGCAACAAGAUUGCAAUGCUUUUUUGGCUUACUAAAUUUAUCAUGAACAGUUACUCCUUUUUAACACUCUGGGAAUUCAUUAUGGCAAAAACCCACACAAGUGCUGCUGGAGUCCCACAUAGCUGUAGCAGUAGGUUACAUGCCUUUAUACCUCACAAUGCUUGUAGUUUCAGAGCACAACUAGGCCUGGAAUGAAAUCAACAUGUUUCUGAUUCUAUUCUUGUUCAAGGGUGUUAUUCUAAAGUUGCUGGUACCUGCAGUGCCUAACACUGAUAUCUUGUGGGGCGGAAUGAGGUUGGUGCAGGAGCGUGUUUACAUGUUUAUGGGCCGUCCAUGUUUAUGGGCCACUGGGCUUUAACUCCGCCUAAGGAGUUAAAGCCCAGUAAUGUUCGAGAGAUAGAAAGAAGCUUACAAGUCUAGAACAGAAUUGUAUCCAAUAGAAAAGCCAUUAUCCUGCAAAUCCAAGCCUUUCAAAGCUGACCCAUGCCUAAUUAGAAUCGCAAUCUCGAUCAUUUUAUUGCUUAGACAUUGGACGACUGGUUCAAAGUGCUUAUCGUGUUACAAAAGACAGUUCCACGGCUUCCAUAUGUUGCCUGAAUUCAAUCCACAUUAUUUAUUAAGAGCUAUGAAACGAUAAUAUUACCAAUAUGUGGUUUUAAAAAAAAUAUCCAUUUACAUUUUACAUCUGGCUAUACUGAUGCAUACAGGUAAUACGUUUGUUCAGAUAACUUUUUAAAAACCUGAUGCACAGUCUGAAGCAGAAGGACUACCUGCCUCUCCAACCAGCUCUUUAGAACAUCACCCAAGAUAGAUUACACUGAACCCUGGGAGUUCCUUGAGAUGUCUUAAUAGUCUUUCAUUAUAAAGAACUCAUAAUGAAUCCCGCUACUGCAUUUAUGUUUUAGUGUUUAUUGUUGUUAUAGUCUAGAGAAUAAUCAGUUAACAAAUAGCUGUUCUGUUUAAUGAAACCAUUUUUUGUUAAUAAUCCCAUGUUGACAUACCUGUCUAUGUGAGGUUCUGUCUUUUUAUGUGUUCAUGUACACAUCAGGUUAUGUAGGAAUGCCAGGUACCAGGACAUUGUAAAAGAUGCAUGUUUGUAUUGCCUGAUUUGGCAUUAUUAGCCCUUUCCCCUUUACAGAAGAGAUGUGUGCAGAAAAAUUGUGUUUAAAAAAAAAAAAAAAGUCAGCCAACCUAUCAAACCACAG